AUGGUAACAACUAAAAGCGGACAUAAACCUGAGACGACCCUCUAUGCAAUUUUUGGGUGUGAGGGCGUUAGACAACUCUGGAAACAGGCCCCUUUUCAUCUGUCCCAUUUCGAUGAUGGCAAUCCGUUCUGGAGUUGGUUGGAAUAUCUGGAGCAAACGUUGGCUAAAGAGUAUUUUCUUUUGGCGGUGGUGGUGUGCUGGAAAGUCUGGGAAAUGAGAAAUCGGCAGCUUCACGGGGAGGAGUGCUUCAAAUUAGCAGAUAUUAUCGGUUGGUGCAGUGUCUAUCUCCAAACAUUCAAUGAAGCACAAUUUCGCCCCCUCAAACCUCCAUCACCUAACCUCCAAGAAGUCUGGCAGCCUCCACCAACGGGAACCCUUAAAGUUAACGUGGACGCCGCAUUUCCUUUGGGACAGGACUACUACAAUAUUUCGUUGGUGGCCCGUGACUGUACCGGUAGAUGCAUCUGGUGGAAGGUGAGGAAGUUAAUGGGCAGGGUCCGACCAUCUGAUGGAGAAGCUCGUGCUGUCCUCCAAGCACUCAUCACUAGCCGUAAUCGUCAAUGGCAAUCUAUAAUUGUAGAGGGGGACUGCUUACAAAUUAUGGAAGCUCUACGCAACAAGGCACAUUCGCUCAGAUCCUACGGAGCCAUUUUAGAAGAAUGUUUUAUUGAAGCUCGUUUUUUUUCUUUUUGCAAUUUUUCCUUUGUUAAGAGACGGGGCAAUAGCUUGGCUCAUGAACUAGCUUCCAUCUCUGUUUCUGACUGUUCGGAAGGGACUAUUCUCCCUUCACAUUUGGCCAAUAGUGCCUAA